ACCCUCGUUGUCACAACAAGCCAACGGCGAAUCGGUCGCGGUGCACCGAUCGACUGUAUUGAUUUCGUCGGCGAGGUCGCAAGAAUUCUGAAUUGCUUGGAGGGUUUGUUUGAUAUUGCUUCAAAGGAGGUUCUUGUUUACUAGAUACAAUUGAUAUAAACCUCCAGCCUUUGAAAAAUAAUAUCAGCAGGAACCACGCUUGAUCAUUUGUAGCGAGCGAAUUCUUUGCCGAUCCCAUAAGCACUAGUCUAUCUCCUAUCAGAAACCUCCAGAAUGAUGCAUAUGAAGCGUCUCCUUUCGAUCUUUGUUCCUUCCUUUGGAUUUUCUUCAUCGUCGGCAUCAAGUAGGCUUAAAAUUGGAGACAUUUUAAAACAGGCAAGGACAUUCUCAAAUGCAGAUGUUGUUGAAUAUUCAAAGCUGAGCUGUGAUUCAAACCCUCUGCAUUUCGACUCCGAUUGUGCUCGGAAUGCUGGUUUUGGAGAUCGGCUUGUUCAUGGAAUGCUUGUUGCUUCCUUAUUUCCUAGGAUCAUUGCUUCUCAUUAUCCUGGAGCUGUUUAUGUUUCACAGAGCCUGCAGUUCAGGUUGCCAGUCCAUAUUGGAGAGGAUAUUACUGGUGUUGUACAGGCAACUAAUAUAAGAGAAAUCAAGAAGAAAUACAUUGUAAAAUUCUCAACGAAGUGUUUCAAAAAUGAUGACCAACUUGUUCUUGAUGGUGAGGCUACGGCAAUCUUGCCUACUUUAGAGCCAGGUGAAUCUAUGGGCUGAGUGAAGCAGGUUCAGAGUAUGAUUAUUAUUAUUUUUUAUUUUUUUUAAAAUUUUUUUAUUUGUAGCAAUUUUCUUGUUAAACCUUAUGAUCAAGUCCAAUAAAUUUAUACUGUGAAUGCUAGUGUCUUAAAGCGACUCAGCCAAGCUGCUAUGGGUCUGAUGCUCAAGGACCUUUGAUCUUUUAAGGCUAGACCUUUUAAACUAGGUAUGAAAAUAGUCAUGCUUUAUUUUUUGGAUUAAUUUUGUUUGUAGAAUUCAGAAGCAGUACCAUUUCAGGUUGAUACAAUUGGCUACUAUACUUUCCAGUUUUGCCAUUUAAACUAGUUAUGUCAUGUUUUACUCUUUGGUGACAUUGUAUUAUUGUUUUUUCUUUGGUCAAAUUUUAUUUACUGGUUUUGGACAUGUAAAUUAUUGCAAUACAUAAUUUGGUUAACUUUAUUUUAAUUGUGACACGGUAUAGAGU